GCUAUCCUGGGACUCGUACAUGGAAGGGAGGUCAGAAAGAGAAAACGGGACCUGCAGGGCGUCACAGGGCUGCUGCAGCCAGCCUUUCCUGGAGUCAGAGCCCCCCUGUACACUUUGAUCUUGGAACCACAGGGUUCAUUUAUUCCAGUCUCUUUGAGAUGCUGGAAGCCAAUAGAGAAGAAGUGAUGACAGCUUCACUGCUUCUUUGGGGACAAGAAAUGUGUCUGUAUGAAUGUUUAGAAGACAGGGACUGUGGAAGAGGAAGAGAAUGCAUGGAGCGUGGCUGUUCGCGCAUCUGCUACCCACAGGAUCAAAAAGAUAUCUGUGUGGAGGAAUGCCAAGGACCCUGGGACUGCACUCUAGGGAGUUGGUGUGUCAACACUGGAUGUGGCCAUAUCUGUGUACCCUUCAGAAACCUAGAUGAACAGAGACCUGGAACUUGUCCACCGCUGCAAAAAGGAUCGUUUGGAACUUGUGUUGAAAUGUGCAGAAGGGAUGAAUUCUGUCCCCUGGGACAAAAAUGCUGCAGCAAUGGUUGUGGACACGUUUGCACUGCUGUUCGAGCCGAGCCCUAUUGGGUCUCCAGUCUGGAGGAAGAUGCCCAAAGGAGUGACAACUAGAUCGUGGUUCUUUUCUUGGUACCAAAUGCUCCUUUCUUUGAAAUGCUCAUUAUCUUUUCGGAUGAUAAUUGAACCUUGGUCUCCUUCAGUAACUGUUCCCAAACGUCAUCUUUAUUCUAAGAGCUGUGCUUUCUUACUGACCCCAGGAUCACAGGAUGUGGAUCUAAAAUAACUUGGUUUAAGUGCUGAAUUCUGGCAAUUGUUUGAGGAAUCAUGAGGUGACUGCUUUCAAAAUUAUC